AAUAUGUUUGUUGUGUCAUCAACCAAAAUCCGUGGAAGCCGUGUUGAAGUUAUUUAAAUUAUUAUAACUGAGAAAUGGAUUUUGAUUUGGACGACGCUUUAGACAGCGACGACAGUUUUUUCGAAGAUCCUAAAGCUCUCACCAAGCGAGCAAGUUUAACGAAAACGCCAGAAAAAAAAUCCCUGGAUAGUUUAUUCGGUUUAGCAGAUAAAAGUUCAAAUGAUAUCGUAAGUAAAAACGAGAGCGGUUUCCCCAGUAAACCCAAGCAAACCGUCAAAUUCGAAGAUUCUGUGCCUGAGACGGAAAAGAACCCCACCAUUUCCAGAAAACCCAAAGACGAUUGGCUUCUUGAUUCUACAAAUUCACCAGGUGAUAAAGGUAAGAAGACUGAUUUUUUAGAAGACAUUUUGUCGAUCAAGCCUAAGGCUGCCAAACCGGAGAGGAAAGUUACUUCCCUGGAAGAUAUACUGAAAGAAAGCAAAGUCACUGCCGGUCCAAAGACUUCCACUUCCUUGAAAGAUAUCAAAACAUCGGAAAAAGAAACAUCCGGAGAUUUUGGUUUGUUCUCAUCUGGUGCGAAUAGGGAAAGAAGGAGGGGUAGAAGAGGGUCAGCAACUGGUGUAGAAGACACUCUGGGGUUGGGAUUGUUUCAGGAUGAGUUUCAGUCUGGAGAUUUCUUUAGCAAAGACAAAAAAACUGGACCGAAAACGGAAGAUUUCUCGAGUAGAAAUAAGACUGUUAGUGACACAGGAAUUCCAGAUUGGCUUGGUGUUACAAAUAAAUCUGAAACAACAUUCACGGAACGAAGUGAGAAGAAAACCAGUGAAAGUACUCCGAUCAAACAGGCCCCAAAACCCACAACCGCAGACAGCGAGAAACUCAUCGAGAAAAUACCUCCAAAAAACAUUGAGAGUACCAGCUCUGUUGCAGUGGAAGACUUUCCGUCCCAAUUGAAACCUCAACAUAUAAAUAUGGAGUUGCAAAACACUUUCGCUUCCUUGCAGCAGCAAGAAUCGCUGUUGUUGGUUUCGAUGCAAUUCAAAAAGUACGAGGAAGCCUUGAAAGAUAUCAAAAAUCAGCAGCAAGAAAUUCUCGGCAAGCAGGACAAGCAAUUCAACGCGCUGAUAGACGAGUAUAUAAUGAAACAGCAGGUCGUAGAAAAUAAUAUCAGGUUACAGCAGGAGAGGAUCAAUAAUCAGAUACAGAUGUUGAUCUCAACCCCUCUGACCGCGCGAAACGAGAAAAUUAAUGAAAGGAAGGAUGAGGAGGAGGAAGAUCAGGAAGAUUCUUGGAUGCCCGAAAUUAUUAAUAAAAUGAAACAGCGUCAUAACGAGGAAAUGUUUGUGAUGGAAGAAUCGUACAAGAAACAGAUCGACUUGGUAGAAAAAUCAAGUUCAGCGCUAGAGGAUAAGCUUCAGAAUGAAUUGAAAACCAUGUCGGAGAUUUUUGACGAAAAAGUUACUGCCCUAAGAAAGAAACAUGAAGAAGAAAUCGCACAUUACGAAGAGAAAAUGAAGGAAUGUAAGCAAAAACAUAGCGAAGAAAUUAAAUCGCUGAGGGACAACCACAGAAAGGUAAUAGAAGAAAUUAAGUUGGACCACGACAACCAAAUCGACUAUAUCAAAGAAAUGAAGCGAAAGGAACAAAAUAUAUUGGAAAAUGGCAGCAUACUCACCGAAAAAAUCGAUAGUGGUAUUGAAAUGUUGACUAGCAGCACGAAAACUCUUCAAGAAAUCGAAGAAAAAGUCUAUCAAACACACGACGUCCUUGCUAUAGCCAGAGAAAAGUCAAUUGAGUCAAAAGAAAAGGAAAUCGUACUAAUGAGAAACACUUUACAAAAAUGCAGAGAUUCAGCCGAAAAUGAAAGAGCUCAGCUAAUGGCUUUGGUGAGGAAUCUAGAGACCAAAAUUGCUGAACAGAGUGCUAACGCUCAAGAAGAUAGAUGGGCUCUUCAACAGGCUGCUGCUACUCUAUCUGCCAGAGCAACUGCCCUAGAAAGAGAAGCAGAAUUCAACAGAAAUUCAAUCGAGAGAGAACGAGAACAAUUGAAGACUCUAAAGGAAUCGUUACUAGCGGAACAAGAAAAAAUGAUCACGCAACUAACCGAAGAAAAACUUUUAAUAAGUACCGAAAAAGUAAGACUGGAGACUUCCAGUAAAUUGACCACCAACUUCGAAGCCGAAAAAGCGAAAAGAGAAGCAGAAACUGCCAUUCAAGUGACCAAAGAACUCACAGAGAAGGUGAACCAAGAGAGGGAGGCUCUCUUUCGCCAAAAAUCAGAACUGGAAACUGCUAGAAGAAACCUUGCCGACAGAGAAAGAGAACUGACAGAGAAAGAAACCGAACUUGACUUGUUGGUACAAGAAACGAACAGAAAACUGAAAGAGAACCGAAAACUUCUUACAAAUGCCAAAAGGGUGGAGAAUAUAUACAAUGAGAGACUGCAAGAGCUGCAGAAUCAAUGGGUGUCGAUUUCGAAUAGGGAGAAAAAAUUAUCUGAGGAAAAGAUACAAUUAUCCAAAGAAAGAUUGGCUUUGUAUACUUCUUCGAAAACGUCCAAAACUAAAAAUUGCGUGCUCUGUAAACCUGAGGAAGUAUUAUUACACCACGAAGGAACUUCCGCCUCGAAUAUGAAUAUACAAGAUGAUAUAAUUGCUACCACGGGUUUAGAUACAAGUACAUUACGGAUGCGACUGGAAGCCUGUGAUGAUGCUGAAAGUGAAGUGAGUAAAGAAGAAAGUAACUCAGCGAAAAUUAAUGUUUUGCUGGUGUAGUUGUAAAUAUUCACAUCAGCUAUUUUUAUAAGCAAUUAAAGUUUUUGUUAAAGAUUA